CUGUCAGUAAUCAGUAAUGUUUUGGAGUUGGGCGUGUUGAGUUGCGUUCUGACAUUCGUGAUAUGUUUAUUGUUGGAGAAUGUGAGAUAACAGAUGUGGUUGAUAGGUUCAAUGAUAAAAUCGUUUCUAUCCAUGUCAGGAAUUUACAGGAUUUAGUGGAGAGCUGUGUGUGUUCCUGAAGGCAUCCUAAUAAAUGAUGUGUGAUUGAGAAGUGCGACAUGGCCGAGCAGGAGAUACGUUCAGCAGCAGAGGCUCUGCUGACAGGUAGUCUAUCCAGUUUAAACCAGAGCCGGUCACACAGUACACCAAAUCCUCAUUACAGUAUAAAUACGCAAGCUGAACACCUGUCAUCCACAGAUUUAGUGACAGGUAUACGACAAGAUGGACGCAUGUCAGUUGUGCGUAGAUUCUUCUGUUUAUUUGUGACUUUUGAUCUCCUCUUCACUGUCUUGAUGUGGCUAAUAUGUAUAAUGUUGACUGGUGAUGAAAUUUUUGAUGCCUUGUCAAAGCAGAUAAUUCAUUACAAUAUUCAUACAUCCUUAUUUGACAUUGUGAUGGCUGCUUCCUCAAGAUUUGUGGUUCUUCUUCUUUUUUAUGGUUUGUUGUACAUCAGACACUGGUGUGUAAUAGCAAUAUCAACGGCAGGCACCUGUGCUUUUUUAAUUGCAAAAGUUUUUCUUUACAAUUGGGCUACUGCAUCAUCACCAGUCUUCCAAGUAUUACUUGUGCUCACAUCAUUUGUUCUGGCAUGGGGAGAAGCGUGGUUUCUGGAUUUUAGAGUGCUUCCUCAAGAAGCACAUGCUCUGGCUUACAUGCAAGUUUCUUCAGCUUUGAAUACAGAAAGAACACCUCUUCUUAGGAACUUCUUGCAAGGUUUACAACAGCCAGAUGAAUGUACAGAAUCGGUGGGAAACUUCUAUUCUCCUCUAGACUCACCUGAAGGUUCUGACACUGAAGAACAAGGUACACGAAAAGUAUCUGCUAGAGGAAAUGUACCUAGGAACUCAGUUGGUCAGGAGUCAGAAUACAAGAGGAAGGCCCAUGAAAUAGUUGAGGCUGCAUGGAACAUUGUUAAUCUGCCAGACUGGAAACUGGAAAAAACUGUAGAUGAUGAUACUGUUCACAGCAGAGUAUUACCGAAGCAGAACAAGGUUUUCCGUCUGACUGGUGUUGUUGACUUGCCACCAAAAGCUCUUCUUUACCUCCUUUUUGAGUCAGUAGAGCAGUUUCCUUCUUGGAAUCCAACAGUUCUACAGUCUCACAGAGUGCAGGUCAUUGAUGAGCGCACAGAUGUUAUCUACCAGGUUGUCGCUGAUGGUGCUGGUGGUGUCUUUUCUAGUCGUGAUUUUGUACUUCUACGCAACUGGAACAUGAAGAAUGGUUGUUAUGUCGUAGCUAGUGCCUCCGUCACACAUCCCAGUAUCCCAAAACACAAUAAAUAUAUAAGAGGCGAAAAUGGGCCCAGUUGUUGGGUUAUACAGCCAGCUGAAAAUAAUCGGUGUAUAUGUCGAUGGCUGCUCAACACAAACCUUAAUGGAUGGAUUCCUCAGUAUCUUUUGGAUACAGCCUUCACUACAGCCAUGUGUGAUUAUAUGCAGUGCUUGCGUUCCCAUAUUUUAAAAAUGAAAAGUGAAGAUAAUUUAAGUACUGGUGUAGGUGAAUAACUUCUACAUAUUAGAAAUAUGUGUGUAAGAUUUUAAAGAUGUGGAGGAAUGGUACUUUUUACGCCAAGGAAUGUGAAAGUGAUUCUACAAUGAUUGAAGAACUGAAUAGAUCUCCUAUUGGAGAGCAUUUGUUUUAUAAAAAUCUCAUGUUAUGGUUGAAUCAUUGAACAAAUAUGACUUGCUCAGCCAUCUUCAUAGUGUAAGCAUUGCCUCGCAAAAAAAGUCAAACAUGCAUAAAAUUUUUAUGUUGUUAAAUUUUGUGGCAAGAUGUCUGUUUUGUAUUCGCAGAUUGGACUGAGGAUGCAGCAGAAUGGCUUACAAAUUUUAUAUAAUUUUAAUAAAUUAUUUUUUGUCAUA